UGAGAUGAGCUGGUGGAAGGAGCUGUGCCCUGCCACCUGGUGGCGAGAGAGGGCACGGUCCACGCUGCUCUUCAGAGCUCUUGGAGGGAGAAAAGGCGGGGAGCAGCGGUCCUUGGAAAACCAUCUGUCCCUGAGGCAGUGGACCACCGUCUCGAGAAUACCAGGCUGCAGCUGGAGGGAGCGGGGAGGCCACGAUCCAGCUUCAAGAACCUUCUGUUCCUGUCUUCCACGAAAUCCUUCCUAAAGCUGGAUCCAGUCAACUCUAUCAAAGGAACACAGCGGCAGGUGCCUCUUCCAGGAAACGUUAGCUCCCGUUUUUAAAAAAUCACCUGUCAGUUACCUAUUCAGCAGUUACCCGGCUCUAUCCAGUCCCUAAAUGUCACCAUGAGACCACAGCAGAUGUAGACACAGGUCUUAUGUCAAGUAGCACAGGAUCAAUGGGAGGAGGGAACAAAAUGAGAGACGGGGGUCAGGCCUGGCUGUGGGGACAGAUGCUACAGGUCAGUACUGAGCAAGAGACCAGAUCCCUCUCCCAUAGUCAGGACAGUCUGCAUAUGCAGACUCACUUCUGCAUACAACUUCAUGGUCCUUAGACCCUCCAGCACCCCCCAGGCUACAAGGUCCCUAUGCCCCUGCAGCGUCUGAGUAAGACACACUUCCAGCUCGAUCUUUCACAGGACUGUCUGCCUCCUGCCAGAGUGCCUGGGGAAAUAGGAAAUCUUACGCUGGACUUUGUAGGCUGGCUAAGAGUGGUAAGCUAGCUCUUCCCCUUAGGCUGAGUCCAAACAGCGACUGACAAGACAGGCCACUGAGAGGCAGAGACAACAGAAACAAACAGGAAUUCAGACACAGAUACACACAUCAAAACGACACACACAAACUCUGGUAUGGCCACGGAAAUACAGGCAAAACUGCACAGAUGUAAAAGCACAAAGACCACUAGACCUACACGCACAUCGCUCAAAAACUCGUGCAAAAACCCGCGCGGCCUCACGGACACGCACGCUGAGGGCGGGGCCUUCGGGGGCGGGGCCUCCCGGGUCGAGGCUGGGUCAAAGGUCAGAAGGCGGAGGUACGCCCAAGAUGGCGGCCUCCAUGUGCGACGUGUUCUCCUUCUGCGUGGGCGUGGCGGGCCCGGCCCGGAUCGCGGUGGAAGUCCGCUUCGUGAGCAGCGCCAAGGGAAAGGGGCUGUUUGCCACACAGCUGAUCCGGAAGGGGGAGACCAUAUUCGUAGAACGGCCCCUGGUGGCUGCGCAGUUUCUCUGGAAUGCACUUUAUCGCUACCGAGCCUGUGACCAUUGUCUUCGGGCACUGGAGAAGGCAGAGGAAAACGCCCAGAGACUGACCGGGAAACCAGGCCAGGUUCUGCCUCACCCCGAGCUGUGCACUGUGCGCCAAGACCUGCACCAGAGCUGUCCCCACUGCCGGGUGACGUACUGCAGUGCAGAAUGUCGACUGGCCGCAGCUGAGCAAUACCAUCAGAUCCUGUGCCCAGGCCCCUCCCAGGAUGACCCCGCGCAUCCUCUCAAUAAGCUGCAGGAGGCCUGGAGGAGUGUUCACUACCCGCCUGAGACUGCAAGCAUCAUGUUGAUGGCCCGGAUGGUGGCCACAGUAAAACAGGCUAAGGAUAAGGAUCGCUGGAUCAGGCUCUUCUCCCAGUUCUGUAAUAAAACUGCUAAUGAGGAGGAAGAGAUUGUCCAUAAACUCCUAGGGGACAAAUUCAAGGGUCAGCUGGAGCUACUGCGGAGACUCUUCACAGAGGCGCUUUAUGAAGAAGCACUCAGCCAGUGGUUCACUCCGGAUGGAUUCCGGUCUCUCUUUGCUCUUGUUGGGACCAAUGGCCAAGGAAUUGGGACCAGCUCCCUGAGCCAGUGGGUCCAUGCCUGUGAUGCUCUGGAGCUGAAGCCUCAGGACCGUGAGCAGCUGGACGCCUUCAUUGACCAGCUGUACAAGGACAUCGAGGCAGCAACCGGCGAGUUUCUUAACUGUGAAGGAUCUGGCCUCUUUGUGCUGCAGAGCUGCUGCAACCACAGCUGUGUCCCCAAUGCAGAGACCUCCUUCCCAGAAAACAACUUCCUUUUGCAUGUCACCGCCCUGGAGGAUAUUAAGGCAGGAGAGGAAAUCUGCAUCAGCUACUUAGACUGCUGUCAGCGGGAGCGAAGCCGCCACAGCCGCCACAAGAUCCUCAGGGAGAACUAUCUGUUCGUCUGUUCCUGCCCUAAAUGUCUGGCAGAGGCCGAUGAGCCCAACAUGACCUCUGAGGAGGAGGAGGAGGAGGAAGAGGAGGAGGAGGGAGAGCCGGAAGAUGCGGAGCUGGGGGAUGAGAUGACUGAUGUGUGAUGUCACCCUGCUCGGAAGCACUCCUACCCCAGACCCUACAGAAGAGGGGGCCUUUCCCCAGAGCAGAGGCUUGGAAGGAACACCCCACUCCUGUCGCCCACUUCCCCCCCAUUUCAGCACUCUUUCUGCCGGAGGGUAAGACAGGCUGGACCCUAGGCCCUCUCCCCUCGCCGGACCUCACGCCCGGACACUGCUGCUGCGUGGCUCAGGCUCUGCGCUGUCACUGAGCCGCUCAGAACUGGCUUCCCCCUGAGGUUCGGAUGUAAGUGGCUGGAACCAAGGUCAGGGCCUAACAGUGUUCUUCCCCAUGGCCCCACUUACUCAUCCGCUUGAGGCUUCAGCCCUCUCAACUCAGUAUGGGGGGAGGGGGGCAGUAACAGAGUGGCAACCCGAGAACACCCUGACUCCAUUGAAGAAGACAGGGGCCAUGAUGCCCUUACCAACUUCCCUACCUCCCACUCUUGUAGCCUGACCACUGGCACAGCCUGGAGAGGCAGGAGUGGGGAACUGGGCCCCACUGCACCUUCUCUUAGGCGCUCUGUGGGGAGGACUGAACCACGGGGAUUACCCCCCUCUCCCCACCUCACCUACCGUUUAGACAUCGGGGAAUAGAGAUGAGCCCCUCCCCCAGAAUCUCUGUACUUGUGCCUUGCCUCUAGGCCCUGGUACAGUGGCUAGCCUCACAGGGUCUGGAAGAGGUGUCUGCCUCCCUUGGGAGGGGUAUGGGGGGACCAGCAACCCCUCCUCUUACCCUCAUCCAUUUAGGACUCUAGCAGCAUGGCUGAGACUUGGGGGGUGAAAGGCCUCUGUUCCCUAACUGAGGAUGUUCUAGAGUCUUCUAGAACUUUCAUCAGUGAGGGGCUCUCCUGGUCUCAAUCUCCAUCUUUAGGAUCUCCACAGAGGAACACAAGUCUUCCAGAAACCUAGAAGAGCUGGGCUGGAUACUCAAGAUUAGCCCUGACUGUCCUCCUCCUCCCCAGAUUAGCACCACCCCUUGCUCUUGGGUUGGAAGCUGUGGAAAUUGUAACCUGUCACCCGCAAUUCUUUCCUGCCCCCUUUCCCUGAGGGGCCUGCCGCAUGCCCCUGCUGAGGGAUCCUAGGGAAGCCAGGUGCCGCCCCACGGGCCCUUUCCUGGAUCGUGAGCAGGUGGAAUCUGCCUGACUAGCCUAUUGGGUUCUUAAUUCUUCAGAGUAGCCAGCACCCCCUCCUCCCCCUCUGCCCACUGUUCUCAAUAAAACAUGAAUGGUGACAGGC